UGAUUGCUCGCUGCCUCCGCCUGGUGAUUGCCGAGCAUCUCGGACGAGGAGGAGUACUGUAUGUAAACAAUACAGUUCUCCUCCCUGUCAGCUCGUCCACACUACUUUGGAUGGCUGUGCACAUCAGGGAAUAAAAUCCAGUACAUUACCUAGUAAAAACACCACAUAGAAAACACAAAAUCACUGGUUAGGCACACCGUUACCUUUGAUCACCCUAGAUGUUUAACCUUUUCCCAGCCAGUGUUAUUAAUACAGCGACAGUGUACAUUUUUAGUACUGAUCACUGUAUUAGUGUCACUGGUUCCCACAAAGUGUCAGUGUCAGAUUGUCCGCCGCAAUAUCGCAGUCCUGCAAUAUUGCCACCAUUA